AUGCAUUUUCACAUUCCUUAUCUCUCAAACACCAUGACCAAUCUCAACCUCUCAUCAUCAUCCUCCUCCUCCUCCUCGGCUUUCGCCGCCGACUUCAACAUCAACAUGAUCUAUUCCCUUACUCUCUUCAUCUUCCAAAACAUCCAAACUCUUGAAAUUCUCAUUGCAAUUACCAUCUUCAUAAUCAUUCAUUCUCUCAAACAAAAAACCCUUCAUGGCUUACCUAUUUGGCCUUUUCUUGGCAUGUUACCUUCUUUACUCAAUGGCCUAAGAACCAACUUGUAUGAAUGGUUCUCUGACAUACUUAACAAACAAAACGGAACUUUUCAUUUCAAAGGUCCUACUUUCAGCAGCCUCAACUGCAUAAUCACUUCCGAUCCUCGAAACCUCGAACACCUUCUCAAAACCAAGUUCAACAACUUUCCUAAAGGAACUUACUUCAGAAGCACGUUAAGAGAUUUACUUGGAGAUGGUAUAUUCAACGCCGACGACGAAAUAUGGCAGAAGCAAAGGAAAACAGCAAGCAUUGAGUUUCAUUCAACAAAGUUCAGGAAUUUAACAACUGAUUCUUUGUUUCAGCUUGUUCAUUCAAGGCUUUUACCUGUUCUAGAGGAUUCAGUUGAUAAAAGAGUUGUUAUAGAUCUUCAAGAGAUUCUUUUAAAGUUAACUUUUGAUAAUGUUUGUAUGAUAGCUUUUGGUGUUGAUCCAGGUUGUUUGAGUCAAAAACUUGUUGUUAUACCAUUUGCAAAAGCCUUUGAAGAUGCAACAGAAGCAACCAUGUUUCGUUUCGUUACGCCGACAUGUGUUUGGAAGUUCAUGAGGCUUUUCAACUUAGGCACAGAGAGAAAACUCAAGAAAUCAAUCAAAGGGGUUGAUGAAUUUGCUAUGAAUGUUAUUAGGACUAGAAAAAAGGAACUGUCUUUGGAAUUUGAGGACAAGAAAUCACAGAAAUCUGAUCUGUUAACUGUUUUUAUGAAGAUGAAAGAUGAGUUUGGAAGUGCUUAUUCAGAUAAGUUCUUGAGGGAUAUAUGUGUGAAUUUUAUAUUAGCCGGGAGAGACACUUCUUCUGUUGCUUUGAGUUGGUUUUUCUGGUUGCUUGAUAAGAAUCAUGAAGUGGAGGAGAAGAUUUUAGAAGAGAUAUGCAAAGUGGUGAGUCAAAGGAAUGAUAUGAAGAAUGAAAAGUUUGGAAAUUCUUUGAUGUUUAGGCCUGAAGAGAUUAAAAAAAUGGAUUAUUUGCAUGCUUGUUUAUCAGAAACUCUCAGAUUAUACCCUUCUGUUCCAGUGGAUCACAAAGAGGUAGUUGAGGAUGAUACAUUUCCAGAUGGAACAGAACUAAAAAAAGGAACAAAAGUGAUAUAUGCAAUAUAUGCAAUGGGAAGAAUGGAAAGCAUAUGGGGAAAGGAUUGCAGAGAGUUUAAGCCAGAAAGAUGGUUAAAAGAUGGAAAGUUUAUGAGUGAAUCUGCAUACAAAUUCACUGCAUUUAAUGGUGGACCUCGUUUGUGUUUAGGCAAAGAUUUUGCAUAUUAUCAAAUGAAAUAUGUUGCUGCUAGUAUCAUAUAUAGAUAUCAUGUGAAGGUUGUUGAAAAUCACAUUGUUGAGCCAAAGAUUGCAUUGACUAUGUAUAUGAAACAUGGAAUCAAAGUUAAUCUUUGUAAGAGGGAUGAUGCUGAAAUUGGAAAAUACUUGGAUUUGGUCAUUGGUGAAUAUUGA